CUGCACUUCGAUCCAAAUUUAACAAAACGAGCCCUUGUUGCGUUGGCCGGCGGCUGGAACAACCUCCCGUCGUCAAUGACCUAUGCGGGCAUCCCCGAAACUGGUUUCUUCUACGCACCCAAGUCUUCAUCUUCUACAUCCCACCGUUGAAUCUUGGGUCUGGAAUACCCUCAUUCGAGCCAGAGUUCACCAUUCAGCCGUCUCAUCACAUUCUUCAUUCAUCGUGUACCGCCGCAUGCGCUUCCAUGGCGUCGUGCCCGAUCUUCACACCUAUCCUUUCCUUCUCCAAUCCUUUAAAUCCCCAUCUCAUCUUCGUCCUGGACAACAAGUUCAUGCUCAAGCAUUCCUAUUUGGUCUAUCAAAUGACCCGUUCGUGCAAACAUCUCUUAUCAAUAUGUACUCGUCUUGUGGUGAUCUGAUUCUUGCCCGCCAAGUAUUUGAUGAAAUCCCUGAGCCCGACUUGCCGUCUUGGAAUUCCAUUAUCCAUGCAAAUGCUAAGGUGGGUAUGAUUGAUGCUGCAAGGAAACUGUUUGACGAGAUGCCUCAGAGGGAUGUCAUAUCGUGGAGCUGUAUGAUUAAUGGUUAUGUAAGUUGUGGUGAGUAUAAGGCGGCACUUUCCUUAUUUUGUGACUUGCAGAUGUUCGGAGGUCUGAAUCUUCAACCAAAUGAGUUCACCAUUUCAGCCGUACUCUCAGCUUGUGGACGGCUAGGUGCUCUUGAACAGGGUAAAUGGCUUCAUGCUUAUAUUGAUAAGCGUGGGAUGAAAGUUGAUGUCGUCUUAGGGACAUCAUUGAUAGACAUGUAUGCAAAAUGCGGAGACAUUGAAAAAUCGAAAUUAAUGUUUGAUGUUUUGGGCCCUGAAAAAGAUGUAAUGGCUUGGAGUGCAAUGAUCUCUGCCUUGGCCAUCCAUGGACGUGCAGAGGAGUGCCUCGAAUUAUUUGCAAGGAUGAUAAAUAAUGGGGUGAGGCCUAACGCUGUGACAUUUGUGGGUGUGCUUUGUGCCUGUGUGCAUGGAGGUUUGGUAAGUGAAGGAAUAGAAUAUUUCAAUAGGAUGACGAAAGAAUUUGGUAUUAUUCCUCUGAUCCAACAUUAUGGCUGCAUGGUUGACCUAUAUAGUAGGGCUGGUAGAGUUGAGGAAGCUCAGAGCGUAGUGAAAUCCAUGCCUAUGGAACCUGAUGUACUAAUCUGGGGAUCUCUACUUAGUGGAGCUAGGAUGCAUGGAGACACUGAAACCUGCGAGGUCUCGUUGAAGAAACUUGUUGAGUUGGACCCUUCAAAUAGCAGCGCGUACGUGCUUCUUUCUAAUGUGUAUGCAAAGCUGGGAAGGUGGGGAGAAGUGAGGCACUUGAGAGAUCUUAUGGAGGCGAAGGGGAUCAAGAAAGUUCCAGGCUGUAGUUUGGUUGAAAUGGACGGUGUUCUUCACGAGUUCACCGCAGGAGAUGAUUCUCACCCAGAAACUCAUAAUAUACACCUGAUGUUGGAUGAAAUCAUAAAGAGGUUGAAAAAGCAUGGUUAUACAGGAAAUACAAGUGAGGUCUUGCUUGAUUUGGAUGAGGAAGGAAAGGAGACUGCGUUAUAUGUUCAUAGUGAAAAAUUGGCAGUUGCAUACUGCUUCCUGAAGACAAGCUCGGGCACCACAAUACGAAUUGUAAAGAAUUUGAGGAUAUGCGGCGAUUGUCAUAUUGCUAUGAAGAUUAUGUCUAUGGAAUUCGAUCGAGAGAUUAUUGUUAGAGAUUGUAAUCGGUUUCACCAUUUCAAAAAUGGGCUGUGCUCAUGCAAUGAUUACUGGUAAGAGAUCUCAAACCCAAAAUGGAAGCAGGUGAAAGGAAAUGUCAUUCGUCACCCAUAGAAGGUGAUUCAAUUUCUCAUGAGGUAUGGAGUUUGAAUAAGCAAUCAAGUUUGUCGGACCAGGGAAAUUGGAAACUAGAGGCAGAGACCCGGGGAAAAAUAUGCGGACAUAAUGAAGUUGAUACCUGUUAAAAGCAGAGACCCGGAGAGAAAUUUGCGGAAAUAAUGGUCCAAUAUCGCUUGCAU